AAAGUACGUCUCUUUGUUUCUCUCAGUUUUUCAGUCUCUGUCAUUUCGUUCUUUCGCUUGGACGUCUCGGAAAUGCUUGCUACCUCAAACAUGGACAUGGACAUGGGAAAAGAAGGUCCUGGGUGAAAAUCUCCAACCUGAAAGGUGCAUUUUAAGGCUGGUGGCAUUAAAUAAAAAUGUUUUUUAAUAGGGUGCCACGUCACCAAACCGCCGGAAAUGAUGUUAGACUUUGAUUGCCCAUGACGUCAGGGUUUCAAAAGUGCGGGGUGACGUCGUGCGCGGCAGUGGUGGGGGGAGGGGGGUGGCGUGAUGACGUCGAGCGGUUUAAUACUGUGGGCGAGCGAGCAGCGAAAGGCGGGGAGAUGGUGGUGGUGGGGGGGGAUGGAGAGGAGAUGAAUGGGAGGAGAGCGGGUGCAAAAAGAAGAGGAUUCUUGCGGGGAAGGACGUGGAAGGAUAUCAGGUCCACGAACAGAGGAAAAUAACAUUAAACGAGGCUCCCAGGCUGGCCUAGUUAUCUAUCUGUCUGUCUGUCUAUCUUCCCGUAUCAGACAGGGGCGAUGCUCGCUGCUCCUCUCUGCUGAAGGAAGGACGAGACAGCGAGAAAUGAGCUGGUUUUUAUGGGGAGAUAAUAAACCAGCAUCCGCCGUCUUUUGCGCCUCGUCCGGUGAGGAUGCGCGCUGGUAGGCGCUGAUGGCGCGUCGAGAGCAGCAGACCCUCCAUUAAUAACCACAACGAGAACAAAUGAUGAUACAAAGUGAAAUGAUGGUGGAAUGAGCGCGCGCCGUAUCGCUAUCACUUCUCUGCCCAGGAAUAAGCGCGCGCAGCCGGGCCCACCGCUCGCGAGAGGUGUGGUGUCAGAGUGAAUAGCGGCAGAGGACAGAGCACGGACCGCCGCUGGUCAGUGAGCACCGCCACCCUGCAUGUCCUGCAUGUCUGUUCCAGCGCGGUGGACAUCUGAGGAGAUCAGAGAAAGAGGGUGGGGGGGGGAGGAAGGGCAGCAGCCACUCCGCCGCUGGACGGGCACGAGCUGUCCGUGCUGUCCGCGCAGCUCUGAGCUGUGAUUUGUGCGCCCACAUUUCUCCAACGAGGGGAAAAUGAAACUUUCAUGCGCAUCUGCUUUGGCCAUCCUGCGCCCACACGUCGCUCUGAAGACACAAGCCUCCAUAUAAACACUCGCGUUUAACGGCAAGCCAUGUCGGACUGAGGCGGAGGGACUCCAGCACCGGAACCACCGCUGUUUUGGAGGGGCAGGAAGGCGGCCGACGACCCCCAGCUUCCACGAACUGCUCGAUAAGCCAGCCAAAAUGGGAGAGCAGCCUAUCUUCAGCACCAGAGCCCAUGUCUUCCAGAUCGACCCCAACACCAAAAAGAACUGGGUCCCCACCAGCAAGCACGCCGUCACCGUGUCCUACUUUUACGACAGCACCCGCAACGUCUAUCGCAUCAUCAGCCUGGACGGAUCCAAGGCCAUUAUUAACAGUACAAUCACCCCAAACAUGACUUUCACCAAGACCUCCCAGAAGUUCGGCCAGUGGGCGGACAGCCGGGCGAACACAGUCUACGGCCUCGGCUUCUCCUCCGAGAGUCACCUGAGCAAAUUUGCGGAAAAGUUUGCAGAAUUUAAGGAAGCUGCGCGGUUAGCGAAAGAGAAAUCUCAGGAGAAGAUGGAGUUGACCAGCACUCCUUCACAGGAAUCGGCCACGGGUGACCUUCAGUCACCUCUGACCCCAAAGAGUAUCAACGGAACGGAUGACGAACGAGUCACAGCCGACGCCUCUCAGAACUCAGAACCGCGAGCGGAACCCAACGCAGUGCCCUUCCCUCACAGCUCGACUACCAUCAGUAAGCACUGGGAGGCUGAACUGGCCGCCUUGAAGGGCAACAACGCCAAGCUAACCGCAGCACUGCUGGAGUCUACGGCCAACGUCAAACAGUGGAAGCAGCAGCUGGCCGCUUAUCAAGAGGAGGCAGAGAGACUACACAAACGGGUGACAGAGUUAGAGUGCGUGAGUGGGCAGACAACAGGCAUCAAAACCCAGAAAACGGAACUGAACCAGACGAUAGAGGAGCUGGAGGCAGCGCUCAAGGCCAAGGAGGAGGAGCUGGAGCAACUAAAAGCGGAGGUCGAAAAUGCCCACCAGCUGCAGUCACAGAAAGAUGCAGUCACGCAGAAGCUGCAGGAAACGGAGACGCGGAACGCAGAGCUGGAAGCCCAGCUGGCUGAGCUGGAGCAGCGUCUGGAGAGCAAUCAGGUGGAGCAGGAGUCCUUCCGGAAGAGUCUGCGCUCGCUGCUUGAGCUGCUGGACGGAAAGAUCUUUGAGCUGACUGAGCUUCGAGACAGCCUGGCCAAACUGAUCGAGGGUGGGGGCAGCUAGAGCCUACAGCACUGCAGCACCCUCCGGUGGAGAAACACUAACCUUGAAUAAACACACACACACACACACACACACACACACACACACGCCAGCACAGUGUACAGGGGCACGAAACACACGUUGAUUUACACAUGCAUGCAAACGGACGGACGGUCACUCCUGCAGUGCAGAGACAGCUGCUUUUGGCCGUGGGUUAAAAGUGUACACACACUCUUUAACACGAACACAUGUUCACAGGUGCACUUUCACAAACAGGUGCCUGCACAUAUACAGAGGGGUUUACAGACAAAGACAACUACGCUACAUAAUAUUGGCCUAACUGCCUUUUUUCAUCUCUUUACAGUUGUACCCACAUACAGUGCUGUGCAGAAGUUAGAGACCACCUGUCGUUUAAUUUACAGUUAAACGUUUUCAUUUUUCAGGAGAUACUUCCAAGAUUAGAUGUAAGAUAAUCCACUUGCAUAAAAGGGAGAAAGUUAAGACAAGUGAAAAACAAAGGAGUUUCCAAAACAAGAGUUUUAAAAAAAAUGAUUAAAAGCUACAGAGAAAAUGGGGCUCCUAACAACCACCUGGAAGACCUAGUAGACACCAAA